AUGUCGUCAAGCCAAAUGCAAGAGAUCAUGGAGAUGCCCCGCGAGUUUGUCAAGGACGGCACCCAAUUCAUCAACCGCUGCACGUACGUGUUCUUGCCUAUUUCCUCUGCCAUCUCCUCCACUCUGCUCUCCCGCCCUCUCUUUCCACGCGCAGAUACUGACAUCGUUUCUUCUCUGCAAAAAACAGUNAAGCCCGACAAGCGCGAAUUCCUCAAGAUCAGCCAGGCCGUCGGUGUCGGUUUCCUCGUCAUGGGCGUUAUCGGUUACGUCGUCAAGUUGAUUCACAUCCCCGUCAACAACAUUCUCGUCGGUGGCGCAUAA